AUGGAUCUUGUUCUCGAAAUCACCGACCACUUCGUCUUUGACAAGCUCUACGCUGAAUAUCUCCCCAAAAAUGGUUUAGUGGCCAACUGGGUCAACGAUAAGUUGCAGAAUGAGCUUCUCGCCAAUGCUACAACUGUUGCAAGCUCUGCUUUGCCAGCUCCUUUGCAACUCUUGUCAAACAUUGCAGGCAAAUUCCAAAGAACAGAUGAGAUUUACGGCCAGGUUCCUACAAAGUUCUUGCCUGUCACUGAAUAUGCCACACAGUCGCUCCUAGGAAGAUCGAACGUUUUGCGUGAGUUCAUUUCGCUCAUGAUCAUCACCACCAUCUUCGGAUGGAUUCUCUACUUUGCCGCCGCUUCCCUCGCUUAUGUCACUGUUUUCGACAAGAAGAUCUUCAACCAUCCUAGAUAUUUGAAGAACCAGAUGAGACUCGAAGUUUGGCGUGCCGUGAGUGCUAUCCCAUGGAUGGUGAUGCUUACCACACCAUUUUUCCUCAUGGAGUUGCACGGGUUCUCUAAAUUGUACUUUGACGUGAACGAGUCCACCGGUGGUUGGAAACAUAUUGCUAUACAAUUCCCAAUGUUCAUUUUCUUCACUGACUGUGGUAUCUACUUCAUCCACAGAUUCUUGCACUGGCCGGCUGUUUACAAGGCUUUGCACAAGCCUCACCACAAAUGGAUUGUCUGUACUCCAUUUGCCUCUCAUGCAUUCCACCCUGUUGACGGCUGGUUCCAGUCUUUGCCAUAUCACUUGUAUCCAUUGAUCUUGCCUUUGAACAAGGUCUCUUACUUGGUAUUGUUUGUCUUUGUCAACUUCUGGACUGUCAUGAUUCACGACGGCAGCUACUGGUCCAACGAUCCUGUUGUGAACGGAACUGCUUGUCACACUGUUCACCAUUUGUAUUUCAACUACAACUACGGACAAUUCACUACUUUGUGGGACAGAUUGGGUGGAUCUUACAGACGCCCUGACGACUCUUUCUUCGCCAAAACUAACAAGAACCAAGACGCAAAGAUCUGGAAGGAUCAAACAUGCCAGAUGGAGGCCAUUCGUGGAGAGCUUGAGGGCAAGUCUGACGACAGAGUGUACAUCACUUCGAAGUAA